CAAGAUGUCCGCUUCGACGAAAAUAUCGAAAGCCCUAACCUCAACCGGCAUCCGGCUGCCACCGUUGCCCACCAUCCGCGAUCUGGUCAAGCUGUACCAGCUGCGUGCCAUCAAGCAGCUGUCCCAGAACUUCCUGAUGGACGAGCGGCUCACCGACAAGAUCGUGCGGGCCGCCGGUAACAUACGCGACCAUUACGUGCUCGAGGUUGGUCCGGGACCGGGCGGCAUCACCCGCUCCAUCAUCCGGCAGAACCCCCGGCAUCUGGUGGUGGUGGAGAAGGACCGUCGCUUCAUGCCCACGAUGGAGAUGCUGGCCGAGGUGGCGCAACCGUUCAUGCGCAUGGAUAUCGUGCAGGGCGACAUACUGGACUACCGGGUGGAGGAUGCUUUUCCCGACUGCACACCGCACGACUGGAUGGACAGGAAGCGGGCACCGGUACAUCUGAUCGGCAAUCUGCCCUUUGCCAUCUCGACGCGGCUGCUCAUUAACUGGCUGCGUGAUAUGAGUCUGCGGACGGGCGCUUGGUCGUACGGACGGGCCAGCCUUACGCUGACGUUUCAGAAGGAGGUCGCCGAGCGGAUCGUCGCCCCGAUACUGUCCGAUCAGCGCUGCCGUCUGUCGGUGAUGAAUCAAAUCUGGAGCACGCCGGAGCUACGCUUCAUGAUCUCGGGCCGUGCGUUCGUGCCGAAGCCGGAGGUGGACGACGGCGUCGUGACGAUUGUACCGCUUCAAACCCCCCUCACGCAGGUCCACUUCGACACGGUGGAAAAGGUGGUUAGGCAUUUUUCCAUGCGGCAAAAGUAUUGCCGUCGCGGUGUCGCCAACCUCUACCCGCCGGCAGUGCGCGAAGAGCUGACGGAGCAGACGUUCAAGCGGGCAGAUGUGGAUCCGCUGGCACGAUCGUUUCAGCUUUCCGUUGCGGAGUGUUUGCGCAUUGUCGAGGCGUACGAUGGGUUGGUGCGGGAGCGUCCAGAAAUUGCCGCGUACGAUUAUCGAGCGCCAAAGGUUAAGGGUGCUGCCGUUGAGGGUGAUGGGCAGGGGGAGAGUGAAACGGACCGAUGAUGAACCGAUGGUGCUGUGGGACAUUGUUUGUGAAUAGUAAUAAAAAUGCUUAGUUAUCACGAA